CACCUAAGCCUACGGGUCAGUUAAAAGAAUUCACGACGUGUAGAAAAAAAUAUAUAUAACUACUAUACAAAACAACUAACAAAAAAGCAUCGAAAUGCGAAACAACAUUUUGCUUUUAGUGUUUAGCUUGAUAUUUUGUGUUAUUCACACUUUCGCGGGUAAAACCGAAUGUCCGCGUAUUAAACUGAAACGUCAGUGGGGCGGCAAACCGGCUAAAGCGCUCACUUAUCAAGUGCGUCCAAUACGUUAUGUUAUCAUUCAUCAUACCGUCUCUGGUGAGUGUAGUGAGUUUUUGAGAUGUGCAUCGAUUCUGCAGAAUACCCAAACCUAUCAUAUGAAUGACUUGGAUUAUGAUGACAUCGGGUUUAAUUUUCUCAUCGGCAAUGAUGGCAUUGUUUAUGAGGGUACUGGUUGGGGCGUGCGUGGCGCACAUACUUAUGGCUAUAAUAUGAAUGGUACCGGCAUUGCUUUCAUUGGGAAUUAUUCAGAGAAAUUGCCGUCGCGCUCUGCCUUAACGGCGGCUAAAAAGCUUCUGGCUUGUGGUGUGAAGGAAGGUGAAUUGGAUCGUAAUUAUAUACUCUUAGCUGGUUCGCAAGUUUCCAGCACUCAGAGUCCAGGCUUGAUUUUAUAUAAUGAAAUACAAGAUUGGGAUCACUGGUCCUUAGUUCCGUAAUUGUAUUACAAUUCGAAAUUCAUACAUAUUUUAAUAAUUCGUAAUAUUCUAAAUCCUUAUGCAUAUGUGGAUAUUAAAAAUAUAUAAAAAUGAUCUUUUAUGUGAUUUGUUGCAGAAUACUAAUUACUUAUUUGCUCCUGCUAUAUCCGCUUGAACAAAAUAAAAUAAAAUAUU